ACUUAGCCGUUUGAGAUUGCAUGAUGGGGAGAUUGGGUAGAGUGAGUGCAGAGGAUAGGAAUCGGAAGAAUCCGACUUUGUUUCUGCAUUCUGAGCUCUGCAGUGAUGGAAACACUAUCCUUUCCCAUAAACACUCUUAUCAAUUCCAAAGCUAACUACAUUUCUCUGACUGCUUCUACUAAUUAUGCCUCACUCUCUUCCUUACAACUCUCUCCUUCUUCCACAUCCACACCCCUAUGUUGGAAGGGUGUUGUUCGAGUUCAAGCUGAGAGUGAGGAUUUUGAAUUGAAGCAAAUGAGGGACAUGGCUGCUGCCAGAAAGAGAUGGGAAGCUCUGAUCAGGGAUGGAAAAGUUAAAGUUCUUACCCCAAGGGAAGCUGGGUAUGCAGUUCAACUUUCUAACAAGCCCCUUCUUGAUGUUCGCCCCUCAAAUGAACACUACAAGGCAUGGGUGAGAGGUUCAACUUGGAUUCCAAUAUUUGAUGUUGAUCAUACACUAGAUGCUGGAACCAUUCCCAGAAAAAUCACAAAUUUCGUUAUGGGAGGUUGGUGGAGUGGCAUGCCUACACUGUCUUACGAAAGCCAGUUCUUGGCCAAAGUUGAGGAGAAGUUUCCCAAAGAUACAGAAUUAAUUGUUGCAUGCCAGAAGGGACUGAGAUCACUAGCUGCCUGUGAACUACUGUAUAAUGCUGGCUACAAAAAUCUGUUCUGGGUUCAAGGAGGCUUAGAGGCUGCUGAAGAUGAGGAUCUCGUUGUAGAGGGUCCAGUGCCUCUUAAGUUUGCUGGAAUUGGUGGCGUUUCUGAGUUUCUUGGUUGGACUGAUCAACAAAGAGCUGCUGCAGCCAAGGAAGGUUGGGGAUAUAGAUUAGUGUUUUCCGCACGCCUGCUUGGAAUCUUACUUGCCGCCGAUGCAUUAUUUAUCGGUGCUCAGCAAAUCGGGCACUAUCUUCAGGAGAUUAGGACCCAUUGAGGUACUAUGGCUGCCUUGAAGUAAUUGAUUAAUCCUCCUGGAUACAAUGUUCCUUGUUCUGGAUGAUCACAUAGUGAAAAGUGGCUAAAGAACUCAAUUUUGACUCUUGGCUGAUGCAUACGGCCCAUCCUUUACUCAAUGUGAUUUACCAGCAAUGCUUUUUUAGAUUUAUUUGUCACAUUUGUCUCCUCUUAGUGCAUGUUUGAGAAUCCUUCUAAAAUCGAUUCUAAAGCUAAAA